ACCAAAUUAAAGGGUUGUUUUCGGGUUUUCACUCUCUUGUUCUUUUCUUCUCUGCGAUAUACAAGCUUGCUUCAAUUUCGCCGCCGAUACCAUUUCGCCGCCGAUGGGUUUUUCCAAGGAACAGCUACUUCAGCAAUUACAGAAGCUUCAGAUUGAGUUUUCUAAGUAUGAGCAUCCAGUUGUUUUGACUGUUGAAGCUCAGGCAAAGUAUGUUGGAAAUUUGGGCGGUGGACUCAGUAAAAACCUAUUUUUGAAGGAUAAGAAAAACAGGUUUUAUAUUGUUUCUGCUUUAGCUGAUACCAAAGUGGAUCUGAAAGUGUUAUCUCAGCGGCUUGGUUUGGGAAAAGGUGGUUUGAGAAUGGCACCUGAAGAGGCUUUAGGUGAAUUACUUCAGGUACCCUUGGGCUGUGUAACACCAUUUGCAGUAGUGAAUGAAUCAGCACGAGAUGUUUCGCUGCUAUUAGAUCAAGGAUUCAAGACACAGGCGCAUUGUUUCUUCCAUCCACUGUCUAAUGAUGUGUCCAUAUCUCUAAAUGUACGUGGUCUUGACACAUUUCUUAAAUCAAUCGGAAGAGACCCCUCAUACGUCGAUUUGGAGGCCAAUCCUGCAGUGGGGAAAGAUCAACCCCCUGAUCUAGCCGCAUUAGUUCCAUCCGGUUCAAUAGUUUUGCCUGAUCAACCAGGAAAACAAUCAUCUGCAGUACCUCCUAAAGACGGAAACCUUGUUUCUGAGGAAAAUAAGUCCAAGACAGUUCCAGCCAAAGUUGUCAAACCAUCAGUAGCUGUGAACAAUUCAAAAGGAACCACCGGAAAAGAUGUUCAGUCAUCAAGAUCCUCUGCAGACGUUGGGAAAUUAGUUGAAGAGAUAUUGCAAAAAACAUCAAAAUUAUUGGUUUCAGAGAUCAAUGACGAAACUAUAAAGACACAUGGAGACCAACUGGGUACUGCGGUAUCCGACAAAUUACAGAAAAACCUCAUCUCAGAUUUUAAAAAUCUUGCUAUGAUAUUUAAAAACACUGCAUAUACAGAAGGGUUCCAUGCUGGUACUCUCCAUCAGCCAAAACGUUGACGGCGAGGAUGUGUAAGAACAUGAGAUUUGUUAGCAGGAAUAUAAAAGAGGGAUUGAAAUUUGAACUCUAUUUUGUCAAUGUUUUGAUUAUGAUAAAACCAUGCAUUAACAGAAUUCCCAUUUGUAAAAUCAUUUGAUAAUUCAGACGAUUUCAAACAAAUUGACAUGAAAAAAAAAAAAUGAAAUGGCACCGUUUUGCGUAGUA